AUGAUAUCCCUCGCCAUCUUUGACUUCGAUGGCACUCUCUUCGACACACAUGAAUCUAUCUCACAGACAAUCAAACUGACUUUCGAUGCUCUCCACCCCAGCCAUGCCCCUCCUCAAACCGAAAUCCACCGCCUCAUCUCCAGCGGCGCCGGCCUAGCAGACACAUUCCAGGCUCUACAUCCCACGCCCUCUGAAUUUACACCUACCGUUGAAGAGGAAUGGAUUGAUAGAUACCGAGCGCUUUAUGCCACCCAUGGCCAACUUCUCAUCAAGGCUUUCCCGGGCGCGAAGGAUCUUUUGGCUGAGCUGAAUGCCCACAAGGUCGCUAUUGCCAUUGUGAGUAACAAAGGUGUGGCUGCAGUCAAGACCACUCUCGAGCGCAAUGGCUUGGAGGGCUACGUGCCUGAAGAUUUGAUUAUUGGGGAUAAAACACCAGGGGCAAAGCGCAAACCAGACCCGGCCAGCUUCGUGGAUGUCCUAGUUCCUGUUCUGCGAGAAAAGUAUGGCCUGGGGAAUGUUGACCCGGCCAGUGUGCUGGUGGUGGGGGAUACAGUGGCGGACCUCCAGUUCGCAAAGAAUAUUGGAAGUAAGGGAUGUUGGUGUCGGUAUGGCUAUGGAGAUCGGGAGGCUUGUCAAAAUGCGGGGCCAGACUUUGUGGUCGAUUCUCUUGGGGAAGUUGUGAACAUUGCCAUGAAAUAA